CUCCGAGAAGCCCAGCACUCGCCCCGAAGUUGUGCGGAGCGCGUGCCAUGAGGACCCUGUGGAUGGCGCUGUGCGCGCUGGCGCGGCUGUGGCCCGGGGCCCUGGCCGGUUGCGCAGACGCGGGGCGCUGCUGCCCCGGCCGGGACCCCGCCUGCUUCGCGCACGGCUGGAGGCAGGACAGGGUCUACGGGACGUGCUUCUGCGACCAAGCCUGCCGCCUCAUCGGGGACUGCUGCUUCGACUACUCCAGGGCGUGCCCAGCUCGCCCGUGCAUCGUGGGGGAGUGGAGCCCCUGGAGCGGUUGUGCGGACCAGUGCAGACCCACGGCCCGCGUGCGGAGGCGCGCGGUGCGGCAGGAGCCCCGGAACGGCGGCGAGCCCUGCCCGGCCCUGGAGGAGAGAGCCGGCUGCCUGGAGUACGCGACGCACCAGGGCCAGGACUGCGGGCACGCCUUCGUCCCUGCCUUUAUAACUACCUCUGCGUUCAACAAGGAGCGAACAAGACAAGCGGCCUCCCCGCAGUGGUCCACAGACACAGAGGAUGCUGGAUACUGUAUGGAGUUCAAGACAGAGUCAUUGACUCCCCACUGCGCCACGGAAAACCGGCCCCUGACCCGAUGGAUGCAGUAUCUCCGAGAGGGCUACACGGUGUGUGUGGAUUGUCAGCCUCCAGCUAUGAACUCUGCGAGCCUUCGAUGUUCUGGAGACGGCCUGGACUCUGACGGAAAUCAGACCCUCCACUGGCAAGCAAUUGGCAAUCCUCGAUGUCAAGGAACUUGGAAAAAAGUUCGGCGAGUAGAACAAUGUUCCUGCCCAGCUGUUCACAGUUUUAUUUUUAUAUAGAUUGUGAUAUAAGUAUUUCAAAGUGUGUUUGUAAACAUGCUAAAUACUAGCAAGUCAUGCCCAACGCUUCAUAAUUCUUUAAAAACUCUUUGGCCAAAGUUCCUGAACAUAUGUCAUUGCCACACUCUGAAGUAGAGAAAAGAAAUUUGGGGGCCAGUUCUCAAGAAACACAGUGCCUUUAUUUUCAUUUUUACUAAGUUAAGGACCCACCCUAAAGCCUCCUGUGGUCUUCUGUCCUCGAUCUGUCACCUGGAGUCUCCUCAUUCAAUAGGUGGCCCAUUGGACACAGUGUUCAUCUGUUUGCACUAAACUUACUAUAUUUUAGUGGUCCA